AUCCAAAUAAUAGUGCUCGACAAUAUCAGUUGUCUGUUCUUUUCGUUUCUUUUGGUAAGUGGGGGUAAUGUAGCUUUUAUAUCUGGCUAUCUUAUUUGUUGUUAACUGCAAAGCCUGGAUAGUGCGCUGCAGACCACUACUCAACUCGAGGCAGUAACAAGCAAGAUGGAAAAUAGUUCAAAGCAAUGGCGUUUCGGGAACAAAAGGCUGAACUCGGCAUCAGCAAUCAGUGUGCGAGGAGUUCUUGAUCUGGUAAUUGGAAAUCUCAGCACCGAUGAUCCGAGACCCACCAUUCCCCUUGGCAACGGCGAUCCCUCUCAAUUUGCAUGCUUUAGGACUUCCACAACAGCGGAAGAGGCCAUAGUUGAUGCCGUCCAUUCAGCCAAGUACAAUGGUUAUGCACCUACUGUUGGAGUUCUCUCUGCCAGAAGGGCUAUUGCAAAUUAUCUUAAUCGUGACCUUCCAUAUAAGUUAUCUGCGGAUGAUAUUUAUGUUACAAGUGGAUGCUUACAAGCAAUUGAAGUUGCAUUAGCAGCCAUUAACCGCCCUGGUGCCAACAUUUUGCUCCCAAGACCAGGCUUUACAUUCUAUGAAUCCCGAGCUGCAUAUGAACAUCUCCAAGUCCGUCAUUUUGAUCUCCUUCCUGAUAGGGGUUGGGAAGUUGAUGUUGAUGCCAUUGAAGAUCUAGCGGAUGACAACACCGUUGCCAUAGUUAUUAUAAACCCUGGCAAUCCUUGUGGAAGUGUCUAUAGCUAUGACCAUCUGAAAAUGGUUGCAGAGACAGCAAGAAAGCUUGGAAUUUUGGUUAUUGCUGAUGAAGUUUAUGGCCAUCUUACAUUUGGAAGCACUCCCUUUGUGCCAAUGGGAAUAUUUGGAUCAAUUGUGCCAGUUCUCUCUCUUGGGUCUAUAUCAAAGAGAUGGGUUGUUCCUGGUUGGCGACUUGGUUGGCUAGUAACUAGUGAUCCUAAUGGCAUCCUUCAAAAGUCUGGGAUUGUGGAGUCAAUAACAGGCUUUCUCAAUAUCUCCACUGAUCCUGCAACCUUCAUUCAGGGAGCGAUUCCCCAAAUCCUGGAGAAUACAAAGGAUGAUUUCUUUUCAAAAGUGAUUGUGACACUAAAGGAGGCUGCCGAUAAAUGCUUUGAUGGAAUUAGGGAGGUACCUUGUCUUACUUGCCCAAAGAAACCAGAAGGAUCAAUGUUUGUAAUGGUGAAGCUGAAUGUUUCACUACUGGAAGACAUUAGUGAUGACCUGGAUUUCUGCAUGAAGCUGGCUAAAGAGGAGUCCGUCAUUAUUGUCCCAGCUGGGAUGGCUUUUGGAAUGAAGAAUUGGCUUCGUAUAACUUUUGCUUGUGAAAUCUCAGCUCUUGAAGACGGCCUAAGAAGGAUAAAAGCAUUUCACCAAAGGCAUGUGAGGAAACAGUAAGAUUUAUUUGUGGUUGGAAUGGCAGAUGAAACAACAUUGUCUUACUUUUCUCUAUUUGAUUAUACCAACAUACUGUACAAAGUGCAAACCAUGGAUAAUAUCGCUCAAUAUGAAUCUCAGUAUAACACCUUUGAACCUGA